AUGGGGAAACUCAUCCGCCUGGAGCUUUUCAGUAUGGACCUCGCGAUGGAUGCCAUAUCCUUCGUCUUAGGAAUUAAAUCGUCGCAUCUUCGAUCCACCAAUCUUCGUGAUCUCGUCUACCGUGGCCGCGUCUUGCGCGAGAAUCCCGCCGACGGAGCAGAGGCCGAUAACGAGAAUGCAUCACAGGACCCAAGUGGCGCGAAUGAUCCCAAGACCGCCUGGGUGAUGGCGGUGUAUGAGGAUGAUGCAGGCGAGGAGCAGCAAUGGCGUCGAUCCAUCACCAGCCAAGGUGUCAGCGAGUACCGCAUCAAUAGCCGCAUCGUGACUGCCCAGCAAUACAAUGAAGCCCUGGAGGCGGAGAACAUCUUGAUCAGGGCGCGCAACUUUCUGGUUUUCCAGGGUGAUGUCGAGGCGAUCGCGUCGCAGUCACCCCGCGACCUCACCCGGUUGAUCGAGCAAAUCUCGGGCAGCUUGGAAUACAAGGCCGACUACGAAAAGCUAAAGGCCGAGGCCGAGGAAGCUGCUGAACAGCAGACGGUGCAGCUGAAUCGUCGACGGGGAAUCAACUCGGAGGUCAAGCAGUAUCAGGAGCAGAAGCGGGAAGCCGAGACCUACGCUCGCAAGGCCGACGAACGCGACCAGGCCAUCAUUACCCACAUUCUGUGGAAGCUUUUUCACUUCCAGCGACUGAUCGAUGCAUCCAGCGCAGACAUUCAAAAAUACCAAGACGAGCUGAAGGAGUACCGCCGCGGCGUCGAGAAGUACGAACAGAACGUCGAGGAUGCCAAAAAGGAGCAUGCUCGGGUCGGCAGAGAUGUUGGCAAGGCGGAGAAGAAUAUCACAAAGAAAGAGAAGGAAAUUGAGGAGCUCAACAACUCCCUGGUGCCCGUGGACGAGAAGGUCGAUAUCACCCAGAGAAAGGUUGAGCGGUAUGCCUCGAAGAUUGCCGAGAUUGGUAAAGAACGGUCGGGCCAGUCUGGUAAUGCCAAACAGUUGGAGAAGGACUUGAAGCUCGUCGAGAAGGCCCAGAGUCAAUGGGAAGCCGAAUGGCAAAAGGCCAUGAGCAAGAAAGGUGGCCAGCUGAGUGAAGCCGAUCAACAGGAAUACCACAAACUCAAAGAAGAAGUCAGCAAACGCUCCUCUGGGGACCAGCUGAAUCUCGACAACCUCCGACGGCAGCGAAAGACGGAAGCCGAAGCAGUCAACAGCUUGAAGGGCAAGUUUGAGACUACUGAGUGGCAACUCAAGAAUGUUCAGUCCGACACCCAGAACAUGAAAGAGCGCAAGUCAACCCUUGACGAUAUCGUCAAGUCUACCUCGAAAGAUAUCGACCGCAAGAAGAAGGAGCUGAACUCGCUGACAUCCGAACGCCUGCGUGUCUCGCAGAUGAGGACGGAACUGGAAGAGAAGCUCCAGGUUGUGUUGAGGAAGCUGCUUGAAGCCGACGAUGGGAAGAAACAGACCGAGCGAGAGCUAAGGGCCAAGGAAUUGAUUUCGACUUUGAAACGUAUCUUCCCCGGGGUCAAAGGUCGCGUCAGUGACCUCUGCCGGCCAAAGCAGAAGAAGUAUUCGGAAGCGGUCAGCACUGUCUUGGGUCGACACUUUGAUGCCAUCGUUGUCGAUAACGAGAAGACCGCCAAGGAAUGCAUCCAGCACCUUCGUGAUCAGCGAGCGGGCCAGGCUACAUUUAUCCCGCUCGAAACCAUUCAGGUCAAGGCUUUCAACUCGAACUUGAAAGGCAUGCACCGGGGAAUGCGCCCUGCGAUCGAGACUGUCGACUUCGAUGACUCUGUUUCCCGAGCCAUUAGCUACGCCUGCGGAAACUCCAUUGUUUGCGAUGACUUGCAGACGGCCAAGUAUCUGUGCUACGAGCGAAACCUGGAUGCGAAGGCAGUCACCCUGGAUGGUACUGUGAUUCACAAGGGUGGUCUUAUGACUGGUGGUCGUGGUCCCCAGCAGAACUCCAAGCGCUGGGAAGACUCCGAGGUGGAGAACCUGCAUAAGCUGAAGGACAAGCUGAUGGGUGAUCUUGCCAAUCUCCCCAAGAGCCACCAUCGGGGCUCCGAAGAGGAGACGCUUCAGGGUGACCUUAUUGGUCUGGAGCAGCGACUAACUUAUUCACGGGAGGAGCUGAAGGCUCUCACGAGGAAUCUCGAGAGCAAGCGCAGUGAGAUGGACUUUGUUAAGCGUCAGCUGGAGGACCUGCGACCAAAGUACACCGAAAGGAAGGAGAAUUUGGACGAAUUGGACCAGACCAUCGAGACGUCCCAGGCCACCGUCAGCACUGUUGAGGAUGAGAUCUAUCGGAAUUUCUGUAAACGUUUGGGAUAUGACAAUAUCCGAGAGUACGAGGCCCAUCAGGGCACCUUGCAGGAAGAAGCUGCGCAGAAGAAGCUCGAAUUUACAACCCAGAAGAGCCGGAUUGAGAACCAACUCAGCUUCGAGAAGCAGCGGAUUCAGGCAACUGAUGAUCGGGUCAAUGGUCUGAAAGCCCAAUAUGAGCGUGACAUGAGCUUGAUCGAGGAGCUCAAAUCCCAGCAGGAAGCAAUCCGCAACCAGCUGGACGAGUUCGCUGCCGAGCUUGAGCUUCUCAAGGAGAAUCUCGAGAAGCAGAAGGAAAUCUACGCACAGUCGGCAGAGAACUUGACUCAGCAGCGGAGAGAACUCCAGAAGCGAAGCAGGAACGUCGAGUCCGCUUUGAAGAAUGUGAAUGUGCUAGAAGCCGAGAUUCAACGGAAUUCGUCCAGUCGCUACGCUCUCCUGCGACGCUGCAAGCUUGAAGAUAUUGACAUCCCGUUGGCCAGGGAUUCCAAUUCUCUUGACCAACUUCCUAUCGACGAUCUGGUGCAAGCUGCAGAUCCAGAUGCCAUGGACGUUGAUGAUGCGGACGGGUUGGAUGGUGAAACUCCCAUGGUCCAAGACUAUGGAAUUGAAGUUGACUUUGACUCUCUGGGAGAUUCUCUCAAAGCGGAGUCGGAUGACAAGCUUGAAGAGGAGCUGCUUGAGAAGGUCCGCACUUUGAACAGCGAGCUCGACAAGAUGGCACCGAAUGCUCGUGCCAUGGAGCGGCUGGAGAGCGUUGAGAACAAGCUUCGCAGCACCGAGAAGGAAUUUGAGGAUGCACGGAAGCAUUCUCGGAAGGCUAAAGAAGACUUUGAGGGCGUGAUGAAAAAGCGCUCCGACCUCUUCAAUAAGGCUUUUUCGCACAUUUCGGAGCAAAUCGGUCCAAUCUACCGUGAGCUGACGCGAAGCACAAACUAUCCUCUGGGUGGGCAAGCGUACCUGGAUAUCGAGGACUCGGACGAGCCCUACCUGGACGGCAUCAAGUACCAUGCCAUGCCCCCCCUCAAGCGGUUCCGGGAUAUGGAGCACUUGUCCGGUGGUGAAAAGACCAUGGCCGCGCUUGCUUUGUUAUUUGCCAUCCACUCGUACCAGCCAUCGCCGUUCUUCGUACUGGACGAGGUUGAUGCCGCCCUCGACAACACGAACGUCGCCCGGAUUGCCAACUACAUUCACGAUCAUGCCGCCCCCGGCAUGCAGUUCAUCGUGAUCAGUCUCAAGACUGGACUCUUCCAGAAUAGUGAAGCUCUUGUCGGUAUAUUCAGAGAUCAGGCGGAGAAUAGCAGCAAAUCCCUGACGCUUGAUCUUCGGAAGUACACUUGA